AUGGAUUCCGCAAAGGUCCCAGUCAAGCUCGUCAAGGUCACCCGCGUCCUCGGCCGCACCGGCUCCCGUGGUGGUGUAACCCAGGUCCGCGUCGAAUUCAUGGACGACACCACCCGUAGCAUCAUCCGCAACGUCAAGGGCCCAGUCCGUGAGGAUGACAUUCUUUGCCUGCUCGAGUCUGAGCGUGAGGCACGAAGACUCAGAUAA